AUGCGUCGAAGUUUUGAUUACGGCAGGGGUCCCCAGUAUGGCUGGGAUACGACGUCCCUCGAGUACACUGAACACAUUACUCGAAUGGAAAGAAUGCCUAGUAUGAUCAUCGAUGCCCCUUACAACCCCAGUGUGCCUUCAAGGUUGCACGACAAAGUCAUUUUUGAAGAAGAAUGGGAGGAUAAACAUCAGCAAGUGAAUCAUUAUAAGCAUCAGAGUGACGACUCGAAGAAGAAGGUUCAGUUUGCUGACCACGAAGAGAAAACCAUUGAAAUCAUUAGAGAUGGCAAAGGUGAACAAGUUUAUGUUGAACAAGAUAUCAACAUGAGAGCUGAUGGAUUCAUCAAGCAGAAGCACAAGAACUUUGAGAUGCAGAAGUGGGCAACUUUCAAAGCUUAUUAA